UCCCUAGAAUUGAACUACCGAACAAUAGGUGGUAUUCGGACUCCCUCAGAAAGCAUCCAUCCGGAAUCAACUUUUUCUGCCCAAUAAACCCUUAACUCCUUCUUCCUUCAACCUCUGUCUUUGCUCUCUCUGUCAAAGGAAGAUUUAGCAGGUUUCGUGGCCUGCGAGAUUAUGGUUUCAUGACCAAAAUCAUAAGGGAAGAAGAUGAGGAUUUUGGAAUUUCAAUUUUGAUCAUUCGUUGGCUGCAGAGGAGACUCAAUUGUGAGUGGAAAGGGGAGCGGCUGGUGGUGAGUGGAAAGGGGAGGCGGCCGCAGAUGAAGAGAUAGGGAUUUGUAGGAGAGGGAGAGAGAGCAAAGGGAGGCGACUGGUGGUGACUGGAAAGGUACCUUUUCGCUGCCGCACCAGAUCGUCGCGCCUCUGAGGAGACUCGACUGUGAAAUUUGUUGGAAGGGACUGCUGCAAAACAAAGCGAUGGAAGGAGACGGAGUGAGUUGUGAGACAAGCUGCGACCGAGUGGCUAGGUUUUUAUAUCUAUUUUUAUUUUAAUUAAUUGAUUUUUCGGAGGUUCAUUGAAUUAUCAAUCCUAUCCAAAAUAUAUUGCUGCGUGACUAACCCUGGUUGUUAUUAUUAUUUUUGUUUUUUAUUUUAAACUUUUAAUUUUUGAUUGUCACUUUUUUUGGGUAAUGGGGCAGGACAGAGGGUCUCAAUAAAAAAUGAAAAAAAGGAUAAAAGUUUUACCGAAGAAAAAAUAUACUUUCUACUAUAAAAAAAAUAAAAAUGUUUAACUAAAAAUAAUUAGCAUAUAAAUUAGAUUAGUUACAAUAGGGGUAUUUUAAUAAUUACGUUAAUUUUUAUUGUGAUUCAAGUGAAUUAGUAAACAUUUUAUAUAAGUCGAUGUCAUUUCUACUCCGAUUUCAAACAGUUUUAGUAAAGAAUUCCAACAAAAAUUUGAUUUUGAUUUCCCCACAUUCUAAUUUUUCCUCAACUCAAUUCUCUUCAAUCUGAUUACAGAUUAAUAAACGAACCAUAUAUAUAAUAUCAUAUCGAUUUUUUUUUUUCAAUUUUCAAAAUUUAAAAGGGAGGAGAGGGAGAUGCCCCACUUAUCAGUGGCGUUGGGCGACACUUAGCUGAAGUUUUCAAACUUAGGAGGGCGGGUCCGGGUCAGGCUGAAGCGACUCCCGCCUCAACAAAUUUUGAGUUUUAGUUUUACUCUUCUUUAAUUUAAAAACCGGCCCACACUUGUCCAUUUCCAGAUCCUCACUCAGAUUUCUUCCAUCUCAAUCACCAAACAUUUCCCAGAUUACAGAAAGAAGUUGGAGAAUCCAUUGUUUUUGGCGAGCCGCCGGAGAAUUGGGGUUUUUAGGGUUUCAAGAUUUUGAGGUUGAAUGCUUAAUUGGCUUGAUUAGAUUUCGAUUUUGUUUAUCCUUUUGCAAUUCAAUUGCAUUAUGAGUAGUGAUAAUUCAACCAAUGGGUCUUGCAAAUCCCGACGGGUUCUCGGUGAUUUGACCAACCGGCCCAUAAAAAGGGGGUUUUUGAUGAUUUCAGCUGGUUCGGGUGCUAAAUCUCGAGAUGAGUUCGGUAAAGAUGUUGAUUUGGAAAAUAGGGGUUCGAAAUUUGCAAAGCAAUUGUCUUUAGGGGUUGAGGAUUUAGUAGGAGAGAAAAGCAAGACCAAAACUGGAGCAAAUUGUAACCCUGAAGCUUUGUCUUCGCCAAAGGGCACACAGGAAUCAGUGUUUUCGCCUACUUAUAGUGAAAUUGAUGAUUCGUCGAAUGACGACAGCGAUUCUGUUACCUUGACUACGUCAAAUGAUAUGGGGGAAAAGUCCAGUGACAGUGGAGCUAAUGUGCGCAGUGCUCUAGAAGCCGGUGAUGCAUUGAUGGAUAAUUGCUCGUCCAUUGCUUCAAUUUCAAAAUGCUCAGGAAUGUGUAAGAAUGACUGUUGUGGUGAUGGGGGGAAAUGUCAAUAUGAUAAACCCGGACACAUUUCAGAAGUUAAUCAAAGCGUUCCUCUAUAUGAAGGAUUAGUCGCUGUUGUUUGCGGUAAUAAUGAAAAGGAUAUUGGAGUUGGUAAAGUGGCAACAACCAAAUAUGGUUCUAAUGAGUGGUCGAGGUUGCCUAGGUCGCAAAGUUGCUCGAAAUCCCACGAAUUAAAAAAGUUGGAAAGAUGCACGACUCUUAAAGGUGGUGGCAGUGCUGAUUUGAAUGUAGGUGAAUACUUGCUCAAAGAUUGCUCUUGUUCGUUUUGCUUGAAAGCUGCUCACGUCUUGUCGGAUCUCCAAUACCAGGAUAUCAAGGGUCGAAUUGCUGCAUUGAAGAGGAGUAAAAAAGAAGCGAGCAUAUUGGUUGAGAAAUGUGUCAGGGGAAAGGAGAUUAAUACUAAGGGCCGACUACAUCCAAACAAAGCGUCAAAAAGUGAAUAUGAUCUCUCGAGUCAGUGGAGAUCACUCUUUCUUAACAUGGAGGAUGUGCUUGUUCAUGAAAGCAACCAUCUUGAAGACAGUUAUGUCACACUAAAAAAUUUGAGGGACAACUGCAAGACGGAACUUGAAAUUACCAGUGGAAUGCCCUCCGAGAAACAAUAGUCUGUUUCCACUUUCCGGUGCUUGUGUUAUUGUAAGAUUGUUUGUCACUUUAGUUUGUCUACUUGUGCAUGUGUACCCAUGUAUUCAUGUAAUGUUGUUUGAAGACUGUUUUCUUCCCCAAUUUCAAAACCCAGGGAGCCUGUUUUCUUCGUCUUACCAUAUUUCUUAAUAAGCUGUAAACGUUCAUCAAAUUCAUGUAAUAUUCAUUUGGCAUCUGUCUACACUCAACCGUAUUUGGCACAGAAUUUUCAUUUGAACAAGCCUUGGGGAUGGAUUGGAGGAAUUUACAGGCGGUGAGUUUUCUUAUUCGCUGGCUUUCAUUUUUA